AUGGACAUAGAUAAUGAUAAUGAUAAUGAAGCAAUCGCAAAAUUAGGUUGGCUUGAACCUACAGCAAUCCAAGAAUCAACAAUCCCUCUUAUGCUGGAAGGCAAAGACGUCUUGAUCCGGGCACGUACCGGUUCCGGAAAAACUGCAGCCUUUACCAUACCCUUGGUGCAAAAAAUCCUGACCAGCAAGCCUCAUCAAACUCACCAGCAAACAAAAGGUUUAAUCCUGGCACCGUCCAAAGAACUCUGCAAGCAAAUCCACCAGGUGUUAAUCUCCCUCACACUAAAAUGUUCCCGAGAAAUCCGCUGCAUCGACAUUUCUCCCCAGCAAGAACUCUCCACCCAAAAGCCCUUGUUAGCCGAGAAUCCGGACAUCGUGAUCGGAACUCCAGGGCGCGUAUGCCAGCACCUAAAAGCCGGGAACCUCAAGCUAAAAAGCUGCCUCGACACAGUGAUAAUCGACGAGGCCGAUCUGAUAUUCUCCUUCGGCUACGAGGAAGAAAUAAAAAGCAUCUUAAAAUAUUUACCAACUGUCUACCAAGCAGCCCUGGCUUCAGCGACGCUUUCCGAGGAAGUAGUCUCUCUUAAAAAAUUAGUUCUUCACAAUCCGGCGAUUCUCAAACUGGAGGAGCCUCCACUGGCGCCACCUUCGCAACUUGCGCACUACACGCUUGCCGCGGAAGAGAAUGACAAAGCAGCCAUUUUGUACUCGCUAUUGAAGCUGCGUUUAAUUCGCGGUAAAAGUAUCAUUUUUGUUAACACAGUCGACCGUUGCUACAAAUUAAAAUUAUUUUUAGAACAAUUCGGUAUCCCGACAUGUGUUUUGAACUCGGAAUUACCCGCGACGUCGCGUUGUCGUGCAGUAAUGCAAUUCAACGCCGGGACCUACGACAUUAUAAUCGCUUCUGAUGAGAAAGCUCUCGAGGAGCCUCAUGUGGUAAAAAGUAAAAAUAACAGCAAGCAGCAGAAGAGCAAAAGACGCAAAGACAAAGAAUCUGGAGUGGCUCGUGGUAUAGAUUUCCAGUUUGUCGCCAAUGUCAUUAACUUUGACUUUCCCCAGGACGUAAAUUCGUACGUACAUCGCGCCGGAAGAACUGCUCGAGGAAAAAACCAGGGAACUGCGCUGAGCUUCGUGGCGAUCAGAGAAAGAGAACUGAUGCAAGAGGUAGAAAAUCAACUUAAAGACACUUACGGCAGGGAAAGCUUGUUCAAGACUUACCAGUUCAAGCUCGAGGAGGUUGAAGGCUUCAGGUACCGGGCUAGAGAUGCCUGGAAAGCGGUCACCCGGAUCGCGGUCAGAGAAGCCAGACUUAAAGAAAUAAAGCAGGAGGUUUUGAGCUGCGAUAAGCUCAAGAGCUUCUUUGAGGACAAUCCUAGGGAUUUGCAGACCCUCAGGCAGGAUAAAGCGCUUCAUACGGUUAAAUUGCAAGCGCAUUUGAAGGACGUGCCGGAGUACAUCAUCCCCAAGUCUCUGAAGAGGCUUAUCGGCGGUGGAAAGAGGAAGAGGAAGUUUGACAGGAAUGUUGCCAGUGAUUCUGCGACUCCUGCUAAGUCUAAGUACCAAGCUAGGGCGUCAAAUCCUUUGAUUAGUUUAAGUAUUCCUAAAAAAAAAUAA